UUCUUCGGUUCCUUGUCCACACGGUUAUUAAAACCGAGGCGACACGCUCGGCAACCAGCAAUUAUCUGGCAAACGUUCGGCAUCGCGCACGCACGGCACCUCCGUCGGCAGUUCAACGACGACGACGACGACGUUUACUUCCAUUACUACUUUUCUCCCCUCCCCCUUCUCUCUUCAUCCCCUUGUUCUCUCUUCUUUUUCCUCAACGUGUUUUCUCAUCUUCGAUUUUAUCCACAUCCUCCUUCUUCCUCGUCUUCUUUUUUAGGUUCAUGCAAAGAAAAAAGAAAAGGAAGAAAAGAAGAGAAAACAGAACACUUGUUAAAACAUCAAGACGUACUCGCCAAUUGGAUUACUAAGGAAAGGAUUUUGUAUUAACGUCGUCUCGAAGAAAAGGAAGAAGAAGAAUAGGAAAGCUAAAAGUGCUUAUUAUUGAAACAGUGAAACUGUGAUAAUAUAAAGUGAUGCAGUACCAAAAGAUUCGUCAAGGAAUUUAUUCGGUGUCGAAUAAGCAGGAACGGAACAUCUGUGGAUUGUGUGUGAAUUUUCAUAUUUCAGCCAAUUAAAGAUUUGUUCCGGCAAGAAGGUCGAAAACGACGAGGAAUGUUUAACAUGUGCGUGUCGACGAUGUCACCGAUGCCUGGCAUGACGGCAUCAGCUAUUCCGAUAUCGAUGCAUCAACAUUCGUCGAUGGAUUAUAACGAUGCAGGGAUGCACUAUCAAUCGUAUAAUCCUUCACAGAAUAGUCAUCAUCCUCUUCAGAGUGGCCAAUCGAGCUACUGGUUUCCCAUCGUGACGACUCAUGUUCAGAUGACCGAGAGCCUGACGCCACCGGUUUAUACAAUGCCUUCGUGUGCAGUUUCGUGGACCGCUCAAACUCAUCCGGCGUGUAAUCACUCGAUGAACCAUUCAGCGAGUCAUCAAGCUCAGUUGACAACGAUCCAGCAUUACCCUAUCUCACCAACGUCAACAGAAUUACAAUCCUGUUCGGAGGAGUUUGGUCCACCUUGUCAAUGGCCAUUGACACCGUCAGAUGAACAUCAUAUUUUAGGAAACGAUUCAUCGAUCGAUUCGAUCAGUAAAACGGGACCCGGUAGAAAAUGCACAAGAUGUCGUUGUCCAAAUUGUCAAAUAGAUGGUGGCGGUCAAUUUGGAUUGGAUGGUAAACGACAACACGUAUGUCAUGUUCCAGGAUGUGGAAAAGUAUAUGGAAAAACUUCACAUCUUAAAGCUCAUCUGAGAUGGCACACAGGAGAAAGACCAUUCAUUUGCAAUUGGCUUUUUUGUGGGAAGAGAUUUACCAGGAGCGACGAGCUUCAACGUCAUCUACGUACACAUACCGGUGAGAAAAGAUUUGCUUGUUCUGCGUGCGGAAAAAGAUUCAUGAGAAGUGAUCAUUUGACGAAGCAUGCAAAGACUCAUGACAAUCAAAAAAGAAAAAACUCGUCGAGGAAAAAACACUCGAACAAGGAGAACUCCAUACCAAUGCAUUCUAUCGAUAACUCUUACUCGACACUCGGACAUUAUUCGAUGCAACUGGUCGGAAGAGAUUACGAAUGACGAGAGAUCUGACGAAGCCAGCAAGUACUUUUUGCGAACGUGCCAAACUACUUUAGUCCUAGUACUUUAUGUGUCUAGUACUCUAGUCUUUCAGUACAUAAUCCUAUAUAUUACGUACGAUUUUUUUUGUAAGAAAGUUGAGCCGUCGGGUUGCAUCUGGAACUUAAAGACUUGUAGUCGGGUCUUUCGCUUUCUAAGCGACUUGAUCUAACGAUUAGGCUAUCUAAAUUUACGAAUGUCUACUUAUUGUUCGCUCCCGAAUAUAUGCAUAUAUACAUACACAUAUAUAUAUAUAUAAAAUAUUGUACAUAGAUUCGAAAACUCUGUAACUUUAUGUAAUGUAAUACGAACUAUUGUUAUAGUAAAGCUGGAAAGAAGUCCUGCGGAAAAAAUGCGGAUCUAAUUGAUCAGAAUUAAAGGAGAUCUCUUCUCACGCGUAUUUUUAGUUCUAUCGUCCUAUUUGCGAAAAAAAAGUAACACGUACUAAUUAGAUCAGGUGAUGUUGAUAGUGACGUUGAUAACGAAUAAGAUGUAUCGAUAUGUAUAAAAUGAAAUAAAGCGAAUAAUGAUUGAACAUCAAACCAUUGGCGUAGUCUCGGAUCAUAGAGAUUUCUACAACGUUUUUACCUUCUUUUCUUUGUUCUUUAUAUGAACAUUAAAUACGAAAAUUCUACUGCUAUGUAUGAAAAUCUUAUCGUAAUAAUGGAUAGUAGGGAUUAUGUGAGUGUCGAAGAGUAACUCCCCUCUUGCCCCGUGUCGUCCCGCUAGACUUCUUUCCACCUCUUAUAGUACAUGUAAUUAAAUUAUACGUUCCAAGGAGGAGUGAUAGGAGGUGGGAGAUGAGAGGGGAGAGAUUAAAGACAUGUUCGUUUCUUCUCCGAAAACAUUCGAUACUCGAAUGUAUCUUGAAAUAUAUCUAUUGAUCUAGAUAACA